AUGUGUUCUACAUCAGGAUAUACAGUCCCUAGUUUCUUUCUGAAUUUCUUGAUCCAUGUCCUAUAUGCACAAUUCCUCUUUUCUAAUAAUGCUCAUGGAAAGCAAAUCUCUGCUGUUUUCGUGUUCGGGGACUCGACUGUUGACCCUGGAAAUAACAACUACCUUCCCACUGUUGCUAGAGGGAACUUCCCACCGUAUGGAAAAGAUUUCGUGAAUCAUCAGCCUACUGGAAGGUUUAGCAAUGGUCGUCUUGUUACUGACUUCAUCGCUUCGUUUGUGGGUGUUAAGGAGAAUGUGCCACCCUUCUUGGAUCCAAGUUUAACGAUCGAGGAUCUCAUGACUGGAGUUAGCUUCGCCUCUGCUGGUGCUGGUUACGAUCCCUUCACAUCUCAACUAAGUGGUGCACUCACAACAUCACAGCAACUGGAGUUAUUCAGAGAUUAUAAAAGAAAAAUGAAGGUGGCUGUUGGGAAGGAAAGAACAGAUGAAAUAAUCAAGAGUGCAGGAUACAUCGUGAGCUCAGGCACAAACGAUUUCGCAUUCAACUAUUACGGACCUGUGUCUGUUCAACGAACACUCUAUCCUACCAUCUCCAGUUAUCAGAAUUUCUUGUGGCAAAUCAUUGAAGAAUUCUUACAGGACUUAUUGAAUGAGGGUGCCAUGAAAAUAGGGGUGGUGGGUGUUCCCCCAAUUGGAUGCUUGCCUGCUAUCAUUACUCUAAACUCUAAGGAUCCCAUAUCAGGCCGACAAUGUAUUGAAAGAUUUAACGCCAUCUCAAGAGACUACAAUCAACUACUCGAAAGUAAUCUCAAGGGUCUUCGAAGAACGAACACGAGGGUUGUGUAUGCAGAUAUAUACACGCCUAUCAUCAACAUGGUUCAAGGAAACACUCAAAUUGAUUUCGAAGAAGUUCAUCAAGGUUGCUGUGGUAGCGGACUAAUUGAAGCCGACUUCUUGUGCAAUCGAAAAUCUCCGUUGUGCUCUGAUGUUUCAAAGUAUGUAUUUUGGGAUGCCUUUCAUCCAACUGAAAUAGCUUACUACGUUAUCUUCAAGUCGUUCGAACCACUCAUUCGACAAAUCAUAGCUUGA